UAUUUAUUAUAAAUGGACAAAAGAAGGAUAGAGAUAGAGGUCUACAAGGAGGAAGAGCAGAUUGAUGGAAGAGUCAUGAAGGAGGUUUAUUGGUGAUCGAAUGGAAGGGAUUAUGUGGAUGAGGGGAUAUUGGCGAUGAUUUGCUCGUUUAUGUGAAAAUCAUGGGAUUUAGUUGUGAAGGUGCUGGGACAGAAGAUUUGUAAUGGGUUUAAGGAGAUUGAGAGUUUUUGAGUAGGUGAAUUUCAAAACAAGACUAUGUUCAAAAAGAUCAUAGAUAAGCCCUUUACAAAACAAAUCUCCACCUGAAUUAUGCUGUUCGAUUUAAAUGAAUUACCAAAAAGGACUACCUUACCAAAAGGAGUCUAUAACUAUCUUCCUCUUAUCACCACAAACUUCUCACUAUGUAAUACAAACCUCUCAGCAACUCAACUCAGAAAAAUCAUCCAAAUCGGUCGACACAUCAAAAACAUCUCCUUCAUCUGCUGAAAAAUAACCCCAACUCCUUUCAAACUCACCAAAUCAAUAACCUACUCCAUAAAUUCCCUCCAAAUCACCCUAAGACUCAAACCCGAAAUAGCUCUAUGGAGUAUACACCCAGAGAAGGUCCAAAAUCUCCUCAGAGCCAUCUCCCUCACAAACAUGAAGUCCACUCUCCAAACCUUCAAGCUUGACCUCCCAGAUUUUGACGAAGAAUUCAGAGAAAUCGCCGAUGAGCUAGGAAUGAACGAUUUACAAUUUGAAUUUGAGAAGUAA